AGACAGACGGUGCUCACAAGCACCUUGGAACUCUGUCAGUGACAGGUGAGACAGACAGCAUCUAUUGACCUGUUGCCUUAUAGGAUAGACCUACACAGAUGAAGGAUUUACUAUACACAGUAAGAAUUGAUACCGAAUGGAAUUUGAAAAACAAAAUGAAGUUUGGAUUGAUUCAGAUUAUGAGGAAGAGGAAACAGGUGAUUCCUCUGAUUGGCUGCAUGGCAUUGUCUACUGCUGGAGCCAUCUUUGCCUCCCUCUACUUCCUAUUUACAAAGAAUGAUGUCAUUUUAAAUAAAAGUAGAAUCCCUGAACCCUGGGAGGGAGUGGACCCAUCUAAACCACAGAAGCUGGUCACCAUCAACCAGAAGUGGAGGCCGAUUGAAGAACUGGAACAGGUGAAGAGCAUGACAAGGUGAUCUCGCACGUGCGGGCUCUCUCUCUCUCGCUCUCUCUCUCCACCCUCUCCCUUUCCCUUUCCCCUCCCCCUCCAUCGGAAUCAUUUCGACACAGACUAGAGUCUCUAAUACUGCACAAUAGCUGACUAUAAGUGUGACCAAAGCUAUUUGUUUGUGAAACAUAAUGUAUGUGUGAGGGUGAAAUAAGUUAUUGCAAUUGAAAAUGGGCAUGGCUUGUGUUAUUAAUGAUUCAUGAGGAGUGUGUGCCUGUGUGAUCCAAUCUAAAGCAAUGGCUGUAGGAUGACAAUGCCACCAACAGAACAAUUAAAAAUGUAAAUGAAUAACUUC